AUGGCUUCGUCAACUUCCGCCCUUCCACCUUCCUCUGUUCCGAUCUUCACAACCGUCGCGUCCUACCGGGAAUGGCGUCGGAAGGCCUUUGACGAGCGGAAGUCUGUGGGGUUCGUCGCAACCAUGGGCGCCCUGCAUGAUGGCCAUCUCUCGCUUGUCAGAAGAUCUCUGGAAGCCAACGACCUCACGGUCCUCUCCAUUUUCGUGAAUCCAGCGCAGUUUGCUCCGCACGAAGACCUCGCUACAUAUCCCCGGACUCUCCCUCGAGAUCUAGAGUUGCUCUGUGCUCAGUCUGUUUCAUUAGAUGUUGACAGCUCUGGACGAAACGAGCGUGUUUUCAGGACACCUUCUGCCGUCUUCCUUCCCUCGGUAUCGGAGAUGUAUCCGGCUGGCAUCUCGCAGGACGUGUCAGAACAAAAGGGAACUUUCAUUGAGGUGAAGGGCUACGGCCAUCAGCUGGAGGGAAGAACUCGGCCGACGUUCUUCCGUGGGGUCGCGACUAUCGUUACCAAACUGUUCAACGCGAUAGAGCCCACGCGCACAUAUUUCGGGCAGAAGGAUAUCCAGCAGGCAUUACUGCUCAGACGCAUGGUGCGCGAUCUGCUGCUGUCGCACCCUUCGCCUGAGAGUUUGCACAUCGUUCCCACAGUCCGGGAUGCUGUCACAUCCCUCGCUCUGUCUUCGCGGAAUGCGUAUCUCACUCAGAGGGAACGCGAACUGGCUGCUCCUACACUGUACUCCGCACUUCAAGCCGGCAGGGAAGCGUGGGCUGCAGGAAGAAGCAAGGACGAAUGCAUACGAGCCGCAUGCGCUCUCAUCGCGCAAACCACAGAGCGACUGAAUUUGGGGUCCACAGAGAAGGUGGAUGUUCGUGUGGAUUACAUUGAGAUGAACGAUCCCGAGUCCUUCGAUGUGCUCUCGCAAACUAUUAAUCGGGCAGAGUGGGAGGCUGUCGAGGAGGGGCAAGCUCGCCCGGUGAUCCUGAGCGGUGCAAUGUGGGUCGGACGGACACGGCUCAUCGACAACAUCAUCUUGGGCGAUCAGGGUAAACUAGGAAUCAUGAGCUAA